AUAAGCCGAGUCCAAAUAUCAUCCCAAAAUCUAUAGGCCGAAAUAAUUCUAUCUGAAAAGGCCAGGCCCAAGAAAAGAUUCCGAACCUGAAAAAGCAAGUACGCAAUGCAAUGCAGCCACCAGCAGGCAGGCACGAUUAGAAGCUAAAACUUAGAUGCGAUUACCAGUCCCACCCACGUUUCUUCCACAAAAUAAGUAUCCAAAUGGUGUCCAAUCCAACAACUUGUACCGCCGUUGGAACAUGGUGCAUUGGCUUCGCUCUUUUUAGCUAACUAACAAGCGUAAUUCUUUAUAAUUUUGGGUGUUGAGGAUCUGAAUUUCAAUGAUGGGAUUGAGAAAUGCUGGCUCUACCCUCUUCAUCGAUUAUAUUUGUUCCUCUCUCCUAUUUUUGGCUCAAUACCAACCGUUUCAUGUAUGUUCGCCAUUGCCCAUUUAUUCUGUACAAGCUCUUUACCAAGAAAAGAUUUCACGGCGUUUUCCUUCCUCCGCCCUCACGCCAAUUCCACUCACACUCAAUUCCAGAGCCUCUUGUCUCGACUUUAAUUUUUGCUAUAAGCUCCUGCUCUUCGUCCUCUCAUUGCCGCGCUAUUCACGCCCGGGUUAUCAAAUCUGUGAAUUAUAGCGAUGGGUUCGUUGGUGAUCAACUGGUGUCGUGUUACGCUAAAUUGGGCUGUGUUAAAGACGCACAACAGUUGUUUGAUGCAAUGCUUGUCAAGGAUUUGGUCUCCUGGAAUAAUUUGAUUACAUGGCUUUCUCGAAGUGGAUACGUGGCUAAGUGCCUGAAUGCAUUAUUUAGGAUGAAAUUGGAAGUGGGAAUAAAACCCAAUGAGGUUACCCUUAUAGCUAUAAUCUCAGCUUGUACCAGCAGGGGAGCUCUGGAUGAAGGCAAGUACAUUCAUGGAUUUGCGGUGAAAUUGGGUUUCUUGUUGGAAACAAAGGUAGUUAAUUCUCUUAUGAACAUGUAUGGAAAGUUUGGGAAUUUACAUGCAGCGUGUCAGUUGUUUGAGACAAUGAUAUUUCAUAAUGUAGUAUCAUGGAAUUUAAGGAUUGCAAUUUAUACACAGAAUGGUUUUGCAAGAGUCGGAAUUGAUAAUUUUAAUAUAAUGAGAUGGAGUGGGAUUAAACCUGAUGAUGGCACUAUGGCAGCCUUGUUUCAGGCUUGUGAAAAUAUUGGUGUAGGAAAACUAGGAGAAGCCAUUCAUUGUUUAAUCAUUAACUGUGGCCUCAGAGCAAGUGUCACAGUUUCCACCGUGCUUUUAGAUAUGUAUUCGAAAUUGGGUAGAUUAAAUGAUUCACGAAAGGUUUUCGAAGAGCUAACUAAUCCCGACAGAAUAGCUUGGACUGCCAUGCUCGCGGGCUAUGCUGUGCAUGGGCAUGGGAAAGAAGCUGUAGAGCUCUUUGAAAACAUGGUUAGGGAAGGCGUGGAGCCUGAUCAUGUUACCUUCACUCAUUUGUUGAAUGCUUGUAGCCACUCGGGGCUUGUCAAGCAGGGGAAAAUUUUCUUCGAAACUAUGCUUGAAGUUUGUAAAGUUGAGCCCAGAUUGGAUCAUUAUUCUUGCAUGGUUGAUCUUCUGGGACGCUCUGGACUGUUAAACGAUGCUUAUGAGCUAAUUAGAAGCAUGCCGAUGGAGCCAAAUUCCGGUGUCUGGGGGGCUCUUUUUGGUGCUUGUAGAGUUCAUGGAAACAUUGAACUUGGAAAGGAAGUUGCAGAGAAGAUGUUUGCUUUAGACCCAUCAGAUUGUAGAAACUAUAUCAUGCUAUCAAAUAUUUACUCUGCUGCUGGCUUAUGGGGGGAUGCUGCAAAGGUUAGGACUCUAAUGAAGGAUAGAGGUAUCAUCAGAGAACCUGGCUGUAGUUUUGUCGAACAUGGAAACAAGAUCCAUCGCUUUGUAGUGGGAGAUCGAACACAUCCUGAUUCAGAUAAGAUAUAUAUGAAGUUGGAAGAAGUGAUUGGAAAAAUCCGGGAGGCUGGAUUUGUGUCUAAAACUGAAUUUGUUCUACAUGAUGUUGAAGAGGAGGUGAAAGAAGAUAUGAUCAAUAAGCACAGCGAGAAGUUAGCCAUUGCAUUUGGGCUUUUGGUGACCGAUGCUGGCAUGCCAUUAAUUAUAACCAAAAACCUUAGAAUCUGUGGUGACUGCCACGACACUGCUAAGCUCGUAUCAUUGGUUGAAGAACGAACUAUCAUUAUCCGAGAUUGUAAGCGGUUUCACCAUUUUUCCAGUGGCUCUUGUUCGUGUGGAGAUUACUGGUAAUCCUCUGAAGCAGUUUGUUGAGUUUGUCCAAAUCACUUGUUUCAUGGCACAUUCCCACUCUUUAUUUUAUUACUAUUAGUUUUAUAUUCUUUUUUC